AUUAACAGAGGAAAAUUGAAGUCAUACCUCUCGUCCCUUUUCGCCGAAUCCUCCCUCGCUUAAUAUUUAAUCCUUCUCUCCUAACCUAAAACCCAAAAGAUCGAAGGAGAUCCACCCUACAGAAUUUUCCACAACGAAAAUGGCGUCUCCUUCUCCCCCUGUACUUCCCAUUUCUACCCCUCAAACCGCCCCCGCCACAAUAACCGCCACCUCCGCCACCUCGCAGCCACCCAUUGCCACCCCUGCCUUCCGUGCCUUCGUUAACCAUAUCACUGAAUCUGUCCGUCAAGGUCUCUCCCAGCGCCGUCCCUGGGCGGAGCUUGUCGACCGGUCCGCCUUUUCAAAGCCGGAAUCCUUCUCCGACGCCGUUCUUCGCGUCCGGAAAAACUACACCUACUUCAAGGUAAACUAUCUCUCCGCUGUCGUCCUUAUUGUGGCCUUCUCUCUUCUCACCCACCCCAUCUCCCUCAUCAUCCUCCUCGCCCUCCUCUCCUCCUGGCUCUUCCUUUACCUCUUCCGCCCCGCUGAUCAGCCCCUUGUCCUAUUCGGCCGCACUUUCUCCGAUCGGGAGACCCUCGGCAUGCUCAUCGUCUCCAGCGUCGUCGUCAUUUUCUUGACAAGCGUCGGAUCUGUCUUGAUCUCCGCUCUCAUGGUCGGAGUCGCUCUUAUCUGUGCUCAUGGCUCCUUUAGGGUUCCUGAAGAUCUCUUCAUGGACGAGCAAGAACAAGCCACUACCGGUUUCCUUUCCUUCCUCGGUACUGCUGCCACCAAGGUCGCCGCCUCCUCUGCCUCGGUUGUUCCCGGGCGCGUGUAAGGCCGAUCAACCGCUCUUGAUGAAUGUGGUUGGAAUCACUCCUCACUUUCUCAUUCGUUAACCAAUUCAUUACAGGUUUUGUUGACAAUAAAAUCGAUAAGAAAAGAAAAUUUUGUAUAAGUUUUCGUUAUUAAUAGAUGGGUAUCCAUGGACAUGUAUGGAUCUGUCUUCUUUCAUUUCAUUUUGGAUAUAAUUUCAUGCUUUUGAUGGUGGAUCUGUAGAGAUUGUUUCUAAUUUUUGUGAAAUAUAUUACAUUAUACCAUUGUAAUUCUAUACGUCA